CGCCGCGGAGGCGCCCGGGAGAGCGAGGAUGGAGGCUACUGCCUCGGCGGUUCUGACCCCGCAACAGAAGGCGCAGCUGAAAGAAAAACUGGCCGUGUUGAAAAGAGAAUACAACAAAACAUUCCACAGGCUGCAGCGUGCCGAGAGAGCUGCAAAGGUUAAAAAUCACAUCAAGAAAACAGUUGCAGAGCAAAACCGGCUGCUUGGGCAGGAGGAAGCUGUGAAGAGCCCUGCAGGAGACAUCAGUCAACUAUCUCCAGAGACCCCGGAAGAGGGUCAGGCUGGAACGUCCUGCCUAGGCAGUACCGCAGAAGCCACCCCUGUCCUCUUUAAAUCCAGGCCCUUUGAAGGCAGCUUGCCAGAAACAUUAGGCUCUGGAAGGAUCCAUCAAUCUGGCCGGAGGGUGCUCUUUAAUUCUACAGAGCCGCCUCUGGCGAGGAACUGCAGCUACACCAGUGGAACCGCCAGAGAGCAGAGAGGAAGGCUUCCCCUGGGCCAGAGGGGAGGAAGGGCGUGGGAGGGGCAUGGAGGACAGCAUGAGAGGGACACAGACCGAGGCUCCGAGUCCCCAGCUUUGACCUGGCCAGGGGAGCCCGCCGAGACCUCCCUGCAGGCUGGCCAAGCAGGAAGGGGCGGUGCUACUCCUACAAUGUCAGAUGCAGACUCUGAAAUGGGCAUGCUGGUGCAAACUGGCAGUCCCGGGGCAAUGCCAGAGCUUUCUUCUUUCCUGCCACACACCAGACGAGGAUCUUCCCUUCAGCCCCUGAGCCAAGAGAGCUUUUCUGGACGGGAGGACUCGGCUGCUGCCAGGGCUUCCUUAUGUGCCAGGGUGCGGAACAAGCAGAAGGGGGAGGAGCAGCCUGGCUGGUGGGGCAAGGAAGAUCCAGGAAGCUUGGCGGACUCAGCAGUGACCCCUGGCGCUGCUCCAGGAGACAGGACUGUCCCCGAUUGGCUCAAGGAGGACUUGAAUGACGGAGACCCCUCCGGCGAGAAGACAAGUGUGGAGGACGGAGGGCCCAGCCUUGGGGUGGGGUCGCCUCCCGUGGAAGGAGUUACCCCCAGUAAGGAGGGGCUGAGCUCUUGCACGGUGGUUGAGGGACUCAUGUUUCCCCUUGAGUAUUAUGUGCGCAUGACACGGAGACUCUCCAGGCGCCAGGAGGAGGUGAACUUGGAGGCGGUCAUGCAGAGCCAGCUGGGCAAGGGCAGAAAGGGCUGGAGGGUGGCCCACAAAGAGCAGGUGGCGAAUCCGGCCCAGCCCUCCCAGGAGCCCCCCAAAAGUGACGAUCGACUGAGCUCAACCCCCAGUAUGGCAGGGGAGCCUCUGGCUCCCCAGCUCUCUUGCCAAAGAACACCGGGUCCAGAUGCAGCCAGGGCAGGAGAAGAUUUCGGCCACCUGAAGUUCAAGAAGCUCAACGUCUGUCCCAUGAAGCCGCUGGGGAUCUGGGAUGCUGGGGGAUCCAGCGAGGGUCCUCUGAGCCCACCUGGGGGGGCUCCUCUCGAGGAAGGAGCAGCGUCGGGACAAACCCUCCUGUCCAGAAUGAGGGGGACCCCCUCGGCUCUUUCCUCCCGUGUGUUGCUGCUCUCCCCAGCCUUGGACGGUGGGCAGAGCCUUUUGCAGACCCCUGAUUUCCCCCUGGUGGGGGCGACCCCAGCACUCCUGGAGUUCUCCCCAGGCGCCCUUGGGGCCUCUCCUUCGCAAGCAGCUGUGGCCGUGUCUCCUGACCCAGGAAGGGGCAUAGGGGAGCUUCGCUCGCCGGGCCCAGCUGGAAUUGACAGGAAGGUGGGGGGAGAAGCCACCGGCCCAUCAGAGGAGCCACAGGAGCGGGACAAGGAGCCCCCCAGGCAGAGCGGCCCAGCAGAAGAGCUCCAGGGGGAGGCACCAGCAGCCACUGCGAGAGAAGGCAACCUGAAAAUGACUUCAAAGCUGAAGAACGGCUCCGGCUCCUGCUUGGUGGACAUGAGCGCUGUGUGGUGGGAAGCAGCCGACUUCGCAGAAUUGUGCAUUGUGACAGCUGAGGAAACGUCCAUUUCUCUCUGGAGACCUCUGGACCUUGGCCAGUGGGGGAUGGUGCACACCUGGCACUUUACAAAGCUUCCAGUUCUCCAAAUAGUUCCCCUCUCGGGGGCUCACAGUGUGGUGUGCGCAGUGCUGGGGCGCCUGGAGACAGCCGAGAUAAGGCUUUUGUUCCAUCCUUCUGAAGAUGGCUGCGCUAAGGAGGAGCUGCUCAAAGCUGGAAACAUAAACGCCGUUCUGGGUCUGACCGAUAGGAAGCUGGUCAGCAGCUGUUGGUCACUGCAAGGCCAAGACGUGGAAGUCUUUUCUUUCUCUGAGAUGGGAAGGAGCCAUAAAAGGGGGGCUUUGAUACCCCCAGAAGAGACCGUCUUGGCUUUUGCCCAUGUGGCUGGACUGCAGGAGGCUCUGCUUGGAAUGACUGCCAUGAACUGCAUUGUGCUCUGGAACCUGGGAACCGGGCAGCUGCUGAAGAAGAUCCCGGUGGAGUGGUCUUUCCCUGCGUCCGUCUGCCACAAGGCCUACUCCGACUCGGGCCUCCUCUUCCUGGUCUUCAGCCACCCACACGCCAAAGACAGCCAGCUGCCUGAGAACCCCGCCUUCCAGAUGGUUGUGCUCAAUCCCAAGACCGCCAGAAGCUCUGGGGUGAUGCUCUUGCCCUGCCCCCCCGGCAUCCAAGGAAGGUCCUUGGAGCGUGACGUGAGGGGCUCUUCGGCAGCAGCUGUCCUGACAUCUGGCACCAUCGCGGUGUGGGAUUUAUUUCUGGGGCAAUGUACUGCGUUGCUGCCCCCCAACUCUGGAGGCAGCUGGUGCCUGGUCAGGUGGUCCAGUACGGACACUUGCCUGAUGGCUGGGCAAGAAGAUGGUUCAGUUUACCUCUAUAGGUACACGGGGGGCUCCACCUGGUUGAGAGGCCCACAGACCUGGCAUCCUGCCUUCCAAGAAACUCUGGAGCCGAAUCCCUCGAGGGCAGUGCCAGGGACACCCUUGAAGCUCAUAAUAGUAGCGCUGUGAAGUGCCAUCAAGAAGAUCCAGUUUUGGCAAAGGGACUCAGAAAUGGGCGUGGUCACAAUUCACCCUGGAAUAUUUCUUCUGCAAACAGGCCAGAAUUAAUGGGAGCUACUGGUUGGCUGCUGGUUUUGGCCUCUUUUGAAGCUGUUUGCCCUCACCUGUUAAAAGAAAUGAAAGUUAUAAAGCAGCUGGACACAUUUCCUUGACAGUUCUUGAAUACAUGAUGAUUCUUUUGUAAAAGUUAGAAGUGACAGGGAUAACAUGACAGUAGAAUGUUAUUUUUCAGGCAGAUCCAUUCCUGAUACUUUUUUAAGCGAAUGCAGAGGAACAUGUGAAGCGGCUUCUGUGCCUGUGAGUGGGGUUUGGAAUUCAUUCUGGAUGUUUGCGUGCAGGACAGCUUCGGCUGUCUGAAACACACAUACACAGGGAUGCAAAAACAUUGCCUAACGGUCAUAACUCACUAUGCAGCCUUUUGU